CAUUAUACUGUAUAACGUCAUUCCAAUGAGACCCAAAAGAAAGUGACAGCAAAAAAGGAGAGUGAAACAACUGUUUCCAAACUUAAGUUUGCUUUUCAUCCUCCAGUUUCUUUGUUCGGGUGCCGCAGAACUGUAUUGUUAGAGAUGACGUUGCAAUGGACUGCAGUUGCCUUCUUCCUCUAUGUGGAAAUGGGUGUACUCCUGAUCCUCUGUCUACCCUUCGUCUCAGCCACCAGAUGGCAGAGUAUCUUCCAGCUGAGAAUAUGGAACAAAAUGGCCAGGUUUUGGAAUAAAUUCUUCCUCGCCAUGAUCAUAAUCCUUAUAGUCCUCUUCCUCGAUGCUGUGCGUGAGGUGAGGAAGUAUUCGGGGGCGGGAAACAGCAAGGAUGCUAAUCUGCAUCCCAACAUGUUUGACAACCUCCACAUGAAGCUGUUCAGAGCCCAGAGGAACCUCUACAUCUCCGGCUUUUCCCUCUUUCUCUGGCUAGUGCUGAGGCGGGUGAUCACGCUGAUCAACCAGCUGGCGACGGCGUCUAGCACCACGGCCUCUCUGCAGACCAAGGCAGAGAGUGACAACCAAACUGCCAAGAAAUACAUGGAGGACAACGAGCUACUGAAACAGACUCUGAUGGAUGGGAAGGGGAACAAGGCCACAGCAGAGGGAAACGAGCUGCUGAGAAAAGAGAUGGAGAACCUGAGAGGAGAACUGAAGGGCUCAGAGGAAGCCUUGAAAAGGUCCCAAUCCGAGAUGGAAGCUAUGAAGAAACAAUCCGAUGGACUGACCAAAGAAUACGACCGACUGCUGAAAGAACACCAGAAUCUUCAAGAGAUUGGAGACAAAAAGGAUGAUUGAUCGGGGUUAUGACUACAGCGGUCAGAACAUUUACAGAUUGUACCAAGAAACCAGAAAAAACACUGUCACGCACGCUAACAUUUUCCUUUGACAUACUGAAGCACUGCAUGAUGUCACCA